AUGUUCUCUCGAAGAAUAGACCGUCGGCGUUCUGGCCUCCUCGCCUUGGGUCUCGUUGCCGCGAGCCCCUUGGCUGCAGCUGGACCUUGCGACAUCUAUGCAUCUGGCGGCACCCCCUGUGUCGCUGCUCACAGCACCACCCGCGCCUUGUACGGAGCCUAUUCAGGCCCUCUGUAUCAAGUAUCACGAGGCUCUGAUGGUGCCACGACCAACAUUGGACCGCUGUCCGCCGGCGGCGUUGCCAAUGCCGCUGCCCAAGACUCGUUCUGCGCCGGCACGACCUGUCUCAUCUCCAUCAUCUAUGACCAGUCCGGCCGUGGCAACCACCUCACCCAGGCUCCUCCCGGCGGCGCUGCAAGCGGUCCUCUGCCCGGAGGCUUGGACAAUCUCGCCGCCGCGGUGGGAGCCCCCGUCCGGCUGAACGGCCAGAAGGCGUACGGCGUCUUCAUCGCCCCCUAUACCGGAUACCGCAACAACAACGCGAACGGCACUGCCACGGGCGACCAGCCGCAGGGCCUGUACGCAAUCUUUGACGGGACGCACUACAACACUGCCUGCUGCUUCGACUACGGAAAUGCCGAGACCAACAGCAUGGACACCGGCAACGGCCACAUGGAGGCCAUCUACUUUGGCACCGGCGACGGCUCCGGGCGCGGGACCGGCGCUGGCAGCGGCCCCUGGAUCAUGGCCGACCUCGAGAAUGGGCUCUUUUCGGGAUUCAGCCCCAUCAACAACCCUGCUGACCCAACAAUCUCCUUCCGGUUCGUCACGGCCGUCGUCAAGGGAGAGCCGAACCAGUGGGCCAUUCGCGGCGGUGAUGCUACUUCUGGUACCCUGUCGACGUUCUACAGCGGCCAGCGCCCAGCAAACGGCUACAACCCCAUGAGCAAAGAAGGUGCCAUCAUUCUGGGCAUCGGUGGCGACAACAGCAACCGUGCCCAGGGCACCUUUUACGAGGGCGUCAUGACUUCGGGCUAUCCGUCCGACAGCACGGAGAACGCGGUCCAGGCCAACAUUGUCGCCGCCAAAUACGUCUACGACACUUCGCUGAUGACCAGCGGCCCGGCUCUCACCACCGGCUCGUCUAUCUCACUACGGGCCACGACCUCGUGCUGCACAAACCGCUACAUCGCACACACCGGCGCCACCGUCAACACUCAGGUGGUUUCGUCGUCGAGCAGCACCGCUCUGAAGCAGCAAGCCAGCUGGACGGUCCGCACAGGUCUCGGAAACAGCGCUUGUUUCUCGUUUGAAUCGAAUGACAGCCCCGGAAGCUUCAUCCGGCACUCCAACUACCAGCUCAUGGUCAACGCCAACGACGGGAGCAAGAUUUUCUCCGAGGACGCCACGUUCUGUCCGCAGGCCGGUCUCAACGGCCAAGGCAACUCGUUCCGGUCUUGGAGCUAUCCCACCCGUUACUGGCGUCACUUUAACUCGCUGGGCUACAUCGCGGCGAAUGGCGGAGAGCAUGACUUUGACACGACGACUUUGUUUAACGAUGAUGUGAGCUUCGUGGUCAGCGCCGGCUUUGCAUAG